AUGAGGUGGCACCUGGGAGCUGCUGUUCCUGCUGCACCUCGCCGGUAUUGCCGGGUUCCCAGCGGGUUUUCGCGUGAUGUGUUCCACCUAACCCCAGAGUACCUCCGCUGCUUUUUCAGGGUGAUGCUCCGUGAAAAAGUUACCACUGGAGUUACUACUGACAGAAGUACUGUCUUGGCAAAUGUAAUUGCUGCUUGCAGAAGGCUUUUCUCUCAACCUCCCAAAGGAUUUGAAAAAUAUUUUCCCAAUGGGAAGAAAGCAAAUGGAACUAAAGGUACAGCUGCAGAAACAAAAGAAGCAAAGCCAGCUAGUGCCCGACAACCUAGUGGGACUAGUAGUGGAGGAGGUGGCAGUGGUGGAAAAAAAGGUGGCAAGAAAGAAGAAACUAACUGGUGGACCAGAUUACAGAAGGGUGACAUUCCAUGGGAUGUCAGGGAGUUUCGGAUGUACGUAGUGGGAAGUUCUUUUUUCUGGACAAUGGUUGUAUAUUACUUCUUCUUCAGGGUCCCUGGGAGAGAAAUCACCUGGAAAGACUUUGUCAAUAGCUACCUUUCUAAAGGAGUGGUGGACAGACUUGAAGUGGUGAACAAGCGCUUUGUUAGAGUGAUCUUUGUUUCAGGAAAGUCUCCUCAUGAAUGGCAGUACGUCUGGUUUAAUAUUGGUAGUGUGGACACUUUUGAACGGAAUCUUGAAACUGUGCAGCAAGAUCUGGGAAUAGAAGUGGAGAAUAGAUUGCCUGUAGUCUACUCAACAGAGAGUGAUGGAUCCUUUCUUCUGAGCUUGCUGCCUACGAUCCUGAUUAUUGGUUCUUUACUGUACACAUUAAGAAGAGGCCCUGCAGGCUUAGGUCGAGCAGGGCGCGGAAUGGGUGGACUUUUCAGUGUGGGUGAAACCACAGCCAAAGUCCUUAAGGAUGAAAUAGAUGUUAAAUUCAAAGAUGUAGCUGGCUGUGAGGAGGCCAAAUUAGAGAUAAUGGAGUUUGUUAACUUUCUGAAAAAUCCCAAACAAUAUGAGGAUCUGGGAGCAAAAAUUCCAAAGGGGGCAAUUCUGACAGGUCCUCCAGGUACUGGGAAAACACUUCUAGCUAAAGCUACAGCUGGAGAAGCUAAUGUACCAUUUAUCACAGUCAACGGCUCAGAGUUCUUAGAGAUGUUUGUUGGUGUGGGUCCAGCUCGA